AUGGAGACGCUUCGCAGCCUCUUCGGCGGCGGAGGCUCCAGCGGCCUGGAGGCCUUUGGCGAGUCGAUCCGAGACCAGGCAUCACAGCUCCUUGGCACCUCCAAUGACUGCCCGGCUCAGAGGCGUGGACGAGUCACUGGGGAUCACAAGUUCCAGUUCUCACUACACUUUGAGCCUCGGAGCGAACAUGGAGGUCUUUGUCAAACAGGUGUGCUGGUUGCUUCGGGUCGGAGUCCGGACAGCAGGACGCUGCCUCUGACAUGCCGAUGGCUCCGACGUAUCGGCUCUCACACCGUUGAAAUUCCUGGCAUCUCGUCCUCCAUGUACCACGCGUCUGCAGACGAUGUGGGCAUGCAGAUUCUCUGCCUCGCAGAGGCCGAGCAGAAUCGCGGCGCCUUUGGUGUGGCCCAGAGUUGCAUCGGGCCCUUCGAGUUGGAUCCCAUCACUCGGAUGAGUCUGGAGAACAUCGUUUCCUCCGGGGCGAGCCGCUUUCCCGUGCGACACUUCAGGGACCAGAACGAUCCGCAUCCGCGCGAUCUGCAGAUCCAUGUGACGCAGGACCACGUGAAAGUCGUGCAUCCCGGAGCCGAGAGAGGAAGCAAUGAGGUCAUGGCACCCUAUUCUGCCGACUUUCCCAAGGUGAUCAUCCACCCAACCGACACCUGCAAGUUCCGGCUGGAGCUCAGCGAAGAGCAGGACAAAGUCUUCCACUUCGUGGCCUUGUCCAGGACGUCUCGGGAUCUGAUCGCGCUGCUCAUCAGAACGUUUCAUGCUCGACAGUAUGUGGCGACGUCCUUCGUGCUGAGUAGGCUUUAUCAAGAUCCCGCACGGCCGGGAGCUCCAUUGACAACGGCACUCUUGCAGGACUUCGACCUGCAGCGGCUUGGGGACCGGCUCGGGAAGGAGCUGGACCGAACUGUCGGGCAGCUGGAAGCAGUCGAGAGGGUGGUGCGCACCUCCAACAACGAGAAGAGGGAGCUGCAGGCUCAGCUGUCCGAGACCAUCGGAAGCUACACGGAGGCUAUCGAGCAACUCCACCAGCAGCUGGCGCCGGCUGCCAAGGGUGGAAUGGUCGCUGCUCUGCAGCUUCAGAUCCACGACGGCCGUGCCUUGCACAGCAAGCUACAGCUGGAACUCCAGGAGCUGAGGCAGCGGCUAGAUGAAGAGCAGCGAGCAACAGGCCCCUACGGCAGCGACGGCCCAGCUGCGCAGAUGCGGGCACGGACUGUGGAGACCUAUCGGGCUGAGAUCGCGAAGCUUCGGGCACAAAUCAGCGCACUUGCAGGGAGCGAGAAGCAGCACUCCGAGCGGGACUCCACGCGGGCGGAGGAGCUCCGAAGGUUGCGGGGCGACGUCGACAGCCUCAGCCGCGAAAAAGAGGGCCUGGAACGCAUGGUCGCAGAGGGUGGCAAGUCCAAAGACGAGCUGAUAGAGAAUUUCUUGUAUGCCAAGGGCUGCCUGGACAAGCUGCAGAUUGCCUCCAUCACCUCGCCGGCCUGCUCUCCAGAACACGAGCGGCAGGUGGCGCAACUGCGGGAGACAUACAACCAGGUGGUGGAUGAACGAAACCGGCUGAUGGUCCGGGUCGAGGCUCUGGACAAAGACAGGGAGAAGCAGAAGCAGUUUCGGGAGUCCACUCUUGAGAAGGCCACUCAGGCGAACGCCAGGUUGCUGGAAGAGCGGGACAAGCUUGAGAAGGAGAAGGCCCGAGUUUCGACCCUCUACCAGCAGACCAUGGCCAUGCUCGCCCAUUCUGCUGCAAACGCGGAUUACGAGGAAGAGGACGAAGCCGUGCUCCAGGCUUCGCGAGAAGAGGUGGCGAAGAAGCGCGAGCUCCUUCAGAAGAAGGAGCAAGAAGGGGAGUCGCUGCGCCAGCGUCUCAAGAAGCUCGCAAUGGUGUAG